AUGGGGGCCAUGGACAUCGAGGUCCAUCCCCAGGUCAACAGUCAGGAUGGAAUGAGACAGAGAGGGACUGUGCUGGACGACACCGACAUGCACCGCAUGGGAAAGGUCCAGGAAUUGAAGAGGAACCUCCGCCCGGUCGCGGCACUGAGCUUUGCCUCUGUCUUACAGGCGACCUGGGAGUUUGUGUUGAUAUCCAACACCCAGGGCUUGGAAAAUGGCGGACUCGCUGGGAUGUGUUGGUCGAUGGUCUGGACAUUCGUCGGCUUUGGAUUCAUCAUCGCGUCGCUGUCGGAGAUGGCCUCGAUGGCACCGACCUCUGGCGGGCAAUACCACUGGGUCUCCGAGUUCUCGUCGCCCCGUUACCAGAAGUUCCUCAGCUACAUCACCGGCUGGAUGUCCGUCCUCGCCUGGCAGGCCGGCUCCGCAUCGGGCUCCUUCCUCACCGGCACGAUCAUCCAAGGCCUCAUCACGAUCCGCAACCCGGAUUACGUCCCCGAGAGCUGGCACGGCACGCUCUUCGUCUUCGCCAUGAUCCUCGUCAUCUACAUCUUCAACGUCUACGCCGCCGACGCCAUGCCCGUGCUCAAUAACAUGCUCAUGAUCUUCCACGUGCUCUCGUGGUGCGUCAUCCUCAUCGUCCUCUGGGCCAUGGCGCCGCAUCGCACCGCCAAAGCAGUGUUCACCGAAUGGUCGAACCAAGGCGGCUGGAGCAGUCUCGGCCUCAGCGCCAUGAUCGGCCAGAUCAGCGCCAUCUACGGGAGUCUCAGCUCCGACGCAACCGCCCACAUGUCCGAAGAAGUCAGCAACGCCGGCCGCAACGUCCCCCUCGCCAUCGCCUGGGGCUACUUCACCAACGGCAUCAUGGCCAUCAUCCUGCUAAUCGCGUACCUGUUCUCGAUCCCGUCCGUCGACGACGCCCUGUCCGACGAAACCGGCUUCCCGUUCCUGUACGUCUUCAAAAACGCCACCUCCACCGCCGGCGUCAACGGCCUGACCUCCAUCAUCCUCAUCCCCGUGAUCUUCAGCAACAUCUUCUUCAACGCCUCCACGUCCCGCCAGACCUUCGCCUUCGCUCGAGACCGCGGCCUCCCCUUCGCCUCGUGGAUCGCCCGCGUCGACCCCCGCCGCAAGAUCCCCGUCAACGCGAUCUUCCUGUCGUGCGUGAUUUCGUGCCUCCUCUCGCUCAUCAACAUCGGCUCCGAGACUGCGUUUAAUGCCAUUAUCUCGCUGAAUGUCGCUGCGCUGAUGUACAGCUAUAUCAUCUCGAUCAGCUGCGUGAUCUACCGAAAGGUGUGGUGUCCUGAGACACUGCCUGCGCGGCGUUGGGAUCUGGGGGCCUGGGGACUUCCGGUGAAUGUCGUCGGUUUGGUGUACUCGUGCUUCGCGCUCUUUUGGAGUCUUUGGCCUGGCGAGAGGCAUGUUACGGCCGAGACGUUCAACUGGAGUGUUGUCAUCUUCGGCGGCGUCUUUUUGAUUAGUCUUGUGAUGUAUGUGGUGAAGGGGCGUCAGGAGUACACGGGCCCGGUGGUAAUUGUGCAGAGGGAGAGGGUCGAGUAG